UUUUUUUGUCGCCCCCCACCCAACCUCUGCCCCGAGUCGCAACCUGAAAGGCUAUUAACAGCUAUUUGUUACCCUAUCAAACCUCACUUAACAAGUAGUGGCGACUUCACUUGGCGCGUAGGUGUGAAUUACGCCCUCCCGGCCAGGGAAACCAAAAUUCCAACUUCCGGCUGGCGACACGGCCUGGCGAUUUUCCGUUACUCGCCUGUUUCCGCUCAACUCAGUUUGAAUGUCUAACGGACGGGACCGACAUGGAAGACAGAGUCAAGCGUGUUUUCAAAGACGUCUGGGGGUUUGAGGUCCGUCCCGACCAGCUGAAAGCCGUUUUGGCGGCCUUAGAGGGCAAGGAUGUUUUCGUUGGGAUGGCGACAGGGAAGGGGAAGUCCCUCUGUUUUCAGAGCAUCCCCCUUUGCCUAACAGAACCCAAACUUGUUGUGGUUGUUUCGCCGCUUCGUGCCCUCGUCAGCGAUCAGAUCCACCGUUUCCAGACAGUCACAGGAUAUAAGGGGAUCCACCUGAAAAGCGCGGCGGACAUCAGAAGCUUCAGGGAAAUCCCCGACAAGGACGUUCGUCUGGUUUUCAUGGCUCCUGAGGAAAUGACCUCAUCUGAGGGGAGAAGUCUUCUGGACAAGCCUCCACUCCCAAUUGCACUGGUGGCUGUUGACGAGGCUCACUGUAUUCCAGAGUGACUUCAGGACUGCCUUCAAAAACAUUGGAUCGCUGCGGGCUG